AUGCCAUUCUAUGAAGUUACAGUAAUCACAAGGUCCCUCUCCAAAGCUGAUCUUGUCAAAUCACUAAUUCGUGCCGGGACCACAUUAUUGGACAAUGGUGCAGUCAUUGAGAAAGUCGAAUCAUUAGGACAUCGAGAUUUGCCAUAUAAACGAUUGGCAAAACAGACAAAUGAACCGGUUUACGCGUCAAAGUAGGGCUUUUACUGGAUUUUUGAGAAAAUUGAGCAUUUUUCAGCUUUUUCCUUUUCAAAGCGCACAUGUCUCGAGAAGCCCGUCAGAAGACCAAGUCAAUUUUAACACAUGAUUUGGACACGGUAAGAUUUUUCGUGAUUUUUGAAAAAAUGAAGUUUAUGGGAAUUCGUCACCGGAAAUUUGUAAUUUCCUGAAUUUUUGCUUUAAAAAUGUUAUAUAAAAAAAUCUCAAGAAACAUCUGAUUUUCAGUCAUAACCCUCGUUUUUUUCCAGGUUCAAGUAGAUCUAAUUCAAGUCGACCCAACACCAAACACUGCACCAAUUCAAUGUAAUCUCGAAGAAAUUCUCAAAUCUCCGGCCGAACGUCAAGCAGUCAAAGAAUUGCGAGAAAAUCAAAAAAUGGGUCAUUUCACUCGGCAAAUGAUCUACAAAAGAACCGAAAAAGAGUGGAAAAGUAUACCGAAAAGCUAUCCAAUCGCUCCGCCUCGUCCUUAG